UCCUCGCGUUGUAAACAGUAGAAUAAGGCUUGGCUUUUACGGUAGAGACGAAAUACACAAUGGUGACGUGAGAGAAAACAAACCGCAAAAAUGAAAAUACCUAAAAGAAAAUUGUUUCUUCUGAUAUUUUUUGCUUACGUUGCAUUUUCACUGUAUGCUGCAUACAAUGUCUUUUUUAGCACCAGAGUCAUCUCCCGUGUCCACAGGGUGGUGAAGAAAGAGACGGGAGCGCCUUCAGGCGGUGUUAGAGAUGGCGGUGCUUUUGCACCAUUAGAAAAUGAAGAAUGGAAUCCAUGGGAGGACGAGCAGGUGGAUUACAAUUCUGCCCUGCAAAAAAAAAGAGAUGCUUUCAAACAGUACCUUGGACGAAUUAACAGGAACAAGCCUAAAAGAUACAAGGUUCAAAUCUGGGGUAAAGCUGCCAUUGGACUUUAUCUUUGGGAGCAUAUUUUAGAAGGGCCCCUCAAUCCUACAGACAAGGUAGCACAAUGGAGAGAAGGGGGGAUUCAGUUAGGAAAAAUUGAUUUCAGUUUCUACACAGGUCCUGCAGUAGUCCAGGGCCACGUACCUCUGGACAUGAAUAGCCUGGUUCUGGUCCUGAAUGGGCGUGAGCAGCAAAAAAUCUCCUACUCUACUCGGUGGCUGGAACACGUCCAUACCCUGGUACAGGCCCACACUGUGUCUCAUGUUGCUGUGGUGCUGCUGGGAAAUGAGCAAUGCGCCAAUGACUGGAUCAGCCCCUACCUCAAGAGGAAUGGAGGUUUUGUGGACCUGUUGUUUCUGGUAUAUGAUAGCCCUUGGGUCAACGACAAGGAUGUCUUCCAGUGGCCCCUUGGUGUUGCCACAUAUAGGCAGUUCCCCAUGGUCAAACCGAAUGCCCAGAUGAUCACAUCUAGCAGGCCAUACCUCUGCAAUUUCUUAGGAACCAUUUACAAAAACUCAUCCAGAGAAACACUAAUGCAGGUCCUGAACCAAGGUGGUGUGAAUGAGUGCAUCACUGCUGCCAGGGUUAAGUGGCUCCCUCAGGAGACAGCAGACAGUCUGAGACAUUACCAGACAGCUCUGGCCCAGAGCGAGCUGACACUCUGCCCGGUAGGGGUCAACACGGAGUGCUAUCGGAUCUACGAGGCUUGUGCUUAUGGCUCUAUCCCCGUCGUUGAAGAUGUACAGACGCCUGGGGCCUGUGCGGACAGUCCUAGCUCCCCACUGCGUCUGCUCAAAGCUGCGGGAGCUCCCUUCAUCUUCCUCAAAGACUGGAAGGAGCUGCCGGCUAUUCUGGAGAAGGAGCGAGAGAUGAGCCAGAAGCAGCGGCUUGACAGGAGGAGGAGGCUGAUGGAGUGGUACACCAGCUUCCGUCAGCAGAUGAAAGAGAGGUUCACUGAAGUCAUAGAGGAGACAUUCUUUAAAAGUGUCUGACAGUGGUGCUUAAAUAAACCAUAAAAAAUCUACCAGGGUUUGACACUGAUUUUAAUUUAUUGUGUGGUGUAUGGAGAAAUGCUAUAGUAGUGUUGUGGUCCUAUUGAUGUGUUGUACAAUAUUCCUGUGCAGGUGAUUUGACAGUAUUUGUGUUUUUGUAGAAAUGAACAAAUGCUUUUGGUAAAAUCUCUUCAAAGUGCUCAGAAAAUAUUACCGCGUGUUUACCAUUUUAAUGGUUACAGUGGUGUAGUGUCAAGAUGAUUGACGCAACAAAUUUUGAACUACCUUUCUGUUUUGACGUACUCCAUAUAUUAUUUAGAAUGUCUUUUUUUCAUCUGAUUUUACAGAAUUUAUAUUGUUAUUUUAAGUGUACAGCGGCCUCCAUCACAAAGCAGGAUUACUGGAGAUGACUGGAUAACUUGGCCGAGUGAAGUCCGGUAUCCCCUAAAUAAGGGAACAUGGACUGAAGUGAAAAGAGCUGCUCUUGGUUUUGCUCAGUGACGUUAUCUGGCUAAGUUAGUUAUCCUGCUUUGUGGUACAGGUCCGAGAUCUUCUGGAGGAAAUAUUUUCCGUGGUCUCUAGUUUGAUUUAGCUGAAUUGUUUUUGUUUUUCUGGCCUUAUAUUGAAAUAUUAUAAUGUGUCUAAUUGACAUUGUGUAAGAGUUUGAAAAUUGAUAUUGUCACUGUGACGUUUGUUGCUCCCGGGGAACAAUCAUGACAUUUUUGGCUUGCUGUCAAGCUAUUUACUAUCGUGGUGCAUGGAUUUCGAAAUUGAAAUAGUCGAUUGUGUUGAUCAGAAAAAUUAUCAUCCAUCGGAAUUGCCCGUCUUGUUCCUCUUGUGCCCAGCAGAGGGCGAUGUAGACCACGUAAUUCUCAGUUGUAUACAUUUUAUGGCACUUCUCCAGUUAAGUAAUAUGAACGCAUAAAACAGCCCCAGUAAUCUCAAGAUGCUUCUGUUCCAACUUAACAUCUUCGUACUUUUAGUUGAAAAUUAAAAAAUAAAAUCGCUCAUUCAUUAAUGUGUAGGUGAUUAUAUAAUCAUGUAAGCCAUAAGAAAAUAGUAUGUCAAGUUUAUGGACGCAAAUUUCGCGACAGAGUAAGUUUGCCUCUUGUUCCAAAGUCAUCAAUUUAACAGCAAAAUUGCCCUGCUAACUUGGAAAUUAAAAACGUGUC